AUGUCUGUCUCGCUGUCGCCAUUGGCACCUCCCGAAGCAGCGCCUCCGGAAGGAGUCGAGGAGGAUAUUGAGAUGAUGAAUCUAUACUUGGACGGUAGAUACUAUUCCAUUUUGGAAUACACUUCACCGCGCUUGCUAUAUGGAUCUCUUACCCCCACUGCCAGGAUGGCGAUUGCAUUGACAUUAUUUCAGUUGGGUAGAGUCAACAUUGGUUUCCGCGAGAUGGCGCUCGCAGUAGAGCUGGCUCCAUUUGGCUCCAGAGGAAAGAUGCUUGGUCAUAUUGGUAUGUGUUUGAAGAGGAAGGGGAUGUUUCGGGAAGGUGCUGAGUGUUACCUUGAAGCGCUUUCGUUCUAUAGGGCCUUUUCUCAAGGUAUGGAACAGUCGAGUGAAACGCUGGAAGCGAUCGAGAGCAUCUUGUGUGAGGGUUACAUCUCCUGUAAGGAGAGAUCCGACUCUGGUGGAGUUUUACGCGAGCUUCUAGAAAGCGCUCUCCCCCCGGCCUACGUUCAGGCCCAGGAAUACGUCCUUGCUGGGGGUGUCUUGGAACAAAACUCAGUUGCUAGUGUGCUUCUCCAAAAUAAAACCACCAUCGAUGAUGUAGUGCUGGUGAUUCUUCGAUGGAAAGAAUCUACAGGCCACGAAAGGCGCUCAUACACCGUAAAAGACCCUACCCGUCACUUAUUCAACUGCAUCAAAGCUUUUGGCCUGAAUGAAAUAUACACAGAACUCGUCCGGCGCACAGCCCUUGUUAAGGAAUAUAUCGAAUACGACGCAUCGCACUUCCCCGAAAUCGACUUAAAUCUCGACAACAAGUAUGCUCUCCGUACUCUCUGCAAGAUUAGUCUGCGUUCGGCCUUGUCGCUGAUCAACCUCUACUCGGUGAUUGUUAAGCACAAUACAAUACUAGCCUUCCUUGAAUUUUUGAACGGGGACUACAGCUUGGCUUUCCACAAAUUGGAAAAACUCCUCGAGCUAUUCGACUUGGUGGAAGAGACCUUUUCAAAGACCAUUGAUCUCCAUAGCCAUGAGUUUUUAUCACCAUCCGUAAAACGGUGUAUCGCAAUUUAUAUGGGACAGGCGGCGCUCAACUUUUGCCCCACCAGCGAUGCUAUCGAGGAGGUCCUAUCCGCAGUCAUUGAUUCAGGCAUGAAUAUUAACAUAAAGGCUGAAUAUAUCUCGGGCAGACUCGACCAGUUCUUUCUCGUGUGUGGUGGCUUGUUCGAAAGACUCUCGGUUAUGCGGGCUCUGAAUAUGAACGUGGAGCUUAGAGACCCCUCGGGAAACGUCAUACGUCUUUCAAAGUCUGAACUCGAAGAGGCCAUUAGGAAGUACAUCUUUGCCGCGGUGAUGCGGCCACUGGAUGAUGUUGUCGAGUUGUACGACCGAAUUCUCUGGGGUUUGUUGUUGUACGGUGGGAUUCAUGUGAAGGUUUUGUGGUUUUUCAAGUUCAUUAGAGACUACUUUCUAGUGGCAAACGAAUGUGCGGUGAUUCAUCACCAUACUUCCGAAGUAUGCAGCUUCUUACCAGCGAAUCCCCUAACCUCCGGUAACGGAGGUGAGAUUGUGGAUAAGAUCUAUAGCUUAAAAGAUACGUUUCCCCAUUCAGAUCGAUUGGGUAUGUGGAACGAAUCUCACAAUUCUUGCUUCUUGGUACCCCAGGUCUUUUGGGAUACGGUGGAGAACCAGCUAAUCCUCCUUGAUGAAUUUUUCGACGAACGGUACCCAUACGGGGCCGAGAAGGGGUUUAUUUUCUCCACCACGCAAAGGGCGAAGCGGAAGUUGAAAGGACACUUGAAGUUGCACGAAAGUAUUGUGAAGUUUCAGCUUGACAAGAGCCUCCAGUUUAUUGAGUUGUGGAUCGAUAACUAUGCCGAGUAUCAGACGCUGAUUCCCGAGCCGAUCUCAAAGUUUUGGAAACGGUAUGUCGCGUAA